GGCUUGAGACGAUAUUGCAACUUAAUUACAAGUGGUAGUUUCCCAAGGCGAUCGAGAAGCAAGUAACAGAGAUGGCUUAUUCAAGGUUUCUUCUUCUGAAGGCUGCAUUAUUGCUCUUUUGUUUUGCACUUCAGGUUUCAGCAGAUGUCAAGAUUAAUGACCACCCCUCCCACCACUCUCUGGUGGUAAAAGGACCCAACAGAAGGCUUCUUCCAUUUAUAGACUGUGGAGUGAGGUGCGGGGAGAGAUGUGGGAGACACUCGAGGCCAAAGAUAUGCCUGAGAGCGUGUGGGACGUGUUGUGCAAGAUGCAAGUGUGUGCCUCCUGGCACUUAUGGCCACAGAGAGAUGUGUGGCAAGUGUUAUACUGAUAUGCUCACUCAUGGCAACAAACCCAAGUGCCCUUAA